AGGGGUUGAAAUACUCAUCGACGGCAGUGAACGCAACACUCCUCUGACAGCCCACCAGCUAACAGCAGCUGUACCACCACCAGGCGCCGCUUCUUCGCAGAGAGUUCACCCGGACUACCGGCUGCUUCGCCCGGCUACCGGCCGGUCCUGGUCCUGGUCCUGGUCCUGGUCCCGGUCCCGGUGCUGCUCUGUGUUCGAGGAAUCUCUCUGCAGGAGGUUUUUUAAUCGGCAACAGGAGGAUCUAGAAGCGGUUUAUUUACUUUAGAGGUGGAUAGAAGGCGGCAGGAUGCUGAGGCUGCUGCUCUGUGUGCUUCCUCUGAUGAGCUGCAGCAGAAUCGUCACACAGGACGCCGCUUACAAAGAGAGACACAGCCACGAUGAUGUUGCCGUGACGACGAGGCCUCACAUCUAUUACUGCCGCUCGCCCAACAUGGAGGACUUCAGCUGCUGGUGGCAUCCGCUCGACAACCUGACAGACGGAGAGCAGGUCACCUACAGCCUCAGCUACUCCAAAGAUAAAGGACCCAACCACGAGUGUCCCGACUACGUGACCUCCGGCCCGAACAGCUGCCACUUCGACAGCAGCCACACGUCCAUAUGGAAGAUCUACUGCAUAAACGUGACGGCCAUCACCGCCCACAGGAACUACACCUCCCAGGAGCACUGCCUGGACGUGGCAGAUAUCGUUCAAACCGAGGCUCCCGCAAACCUGACCUACGUGCUGAAGGACGCCGGCGGGGACGAGAUGGGACACAACGCGCUUGUGUCGUGGACGUACCCGGUGCCCUCCGCUCUGAAGUACGGCUGGAUCACGCUGGUGCACGAGCUGCAGUACAGACGCGUGACCGAGCCCGACAACUGGAAGGUGAAGCACCCUCUGAGGGAGCCUCACGUGGAGCUGCUCGGCCUCCCGGUCGGAGACUACGUCAUCCGCGUCCGCUGCCGCUCGCACAACUACGGCCUGUGGAGCAAAUGGAGCUCCACGCUGGUGAUGAGCAUCCCCGCCAGGCCGCCCACAGGUAAACUGCUGGUGAGGAUUCUGGUGUCAGGUGUCAGUGUCGUGGCUCUGCUGGUGAUCGCUUUCGGUAUCAUUCCACAGAGCAAGAGAAUAAAAGACUACUUCUUGCCGCCCAUUCCAAAGCCGAGGAUCGUUGGCAUCGACCCACUGUUGCUGAAGAAAGGGAACUUGGAUGAAAUCAACCGUCACUUCAGUAACUUCCACAGCUACAGACCUCCGAGCUACACUGAGGAGGUCUGGGACCAGGUGAGCGCUGACGACGUCUACCUCACCACGCCGAGGGACCGCUUCAUCUCCGCCGCCCCCACUGACAGGGAGAAGGACGCCGGGAUGGUUCCGUGCGACCUGACGCCGAUGGCCGCUCGUCAUCCGUUCACGACCCCGAACAUGACGUCAUAUGUGCCGAGUCUGUCGCCCUACUGCUCCUCUCCUCCUGAAGACUUUGCCCCUUCGAUGGACUCUCCCUGGCCUCGGCCUGAAAUCGUGUCUCUGCCGGGGACGGAGUACAGCGUGAUGGGUCACCCUGGCCUCCCCAACGCUUUCCAAGCUCCUGACACCACCGCCGUCUACACCAACCGAUCACCGCAGGAUUUAUACACCUGCGUCCAGCUCAUGAACGAGAGCGGCCAGGUGCAUCUGGUGCCCUGCCUGCCGCCGGCGUACUGCCAGGAGUUCCCUUCCUUCCCGAGGGUCGACUCAGACGCAGAGGAGAAGAAGAAGCUGGCCGACUACCAGGACCGGGCGAAUACGAUGAACCGGCAGAAAGAUGGCGGCGAGGCUGAGAGGAGCGAGGCGGCGGACCCUCUGCUGCCUGUUGCUGUGGAUAACAUGGGCUGAAAGAGAUUUUUAGAACAAACUGUGAAAACUGCUGAAACAUGGAGACUGUCCGUGUUCAGAGACACAAUCUGCUGUAGGAAGAGGAAGAGAACCUGGUGGAAACACUCAGACACUAAAAGUGAUGUUGUUGUGGACAGAUGCUGCAGGACCACAUCUCUGCAGCAAUCAACACCAACGUGUGCCCGUGACCCACAGGAAGUUCCUCUGGACAUAAACCUCUUACUGUUUCUGGUCGCUCUGCACAUGCUCAGAGACAGUUAAACUCCAGGGACCAAACAGGUUGAUUUUAAAGCUGCAUUGUUAAGAUUUAUAUAAAAGGCCAAAUAUACUAGAUGUGAUAACAGGUGGGUGGUAUCUUAAAGAGGAAAUGUAAACGACUACAGGUGCAGGAUGUUUUGGAAUAGCGUCUGUAGAUUUCUUCAGCCUGCAGCAGUGAAACAGGCCGUAGUGGUUUCAUAGUUGUAGUAACAAACAAAAAGGUCCUUCUAUGCAGGGAUCCUUUCAGCCUAAGAGGAAGAAGAUGUUUUCUCCUCCACCAGACUCCAUUGACAAAAACAGGAUUUUUUCCUCACAGAUCACAAGAGCUGCUGCCAGACGUUUAUUUUUGUUCUGUUGUGAGUGACCUCGGUGUUAUGAUGGGUAC